GAAAGGCGCCUCUCGGACGGCGGCGCGGCGGAUCCCGGUCCCGCGAAGAUGGUGCGGAAACUGAAGUACCACGAGCAGAAGCUGCUGCGGCGGCUGGACCUGGUGAACUGGGAGGCGUCGGGCGGGAACUUGGCGGAGGUGCGGGCCCUGCGGCGCUACCGGGUGGGCCGGCGGGAGGACUACGUGCAGUACAAGGCUCUGGCCCGCGCCGUGCGCGCCUUGGCCCGGCGGCUCCGUGACCUGGGCCCGGCCAGCGCCGCCUUCCGCGCCCGCUGCGCCGCCGCGCUGCUGGAGAAGCUGCACGGGCUGGGGCUGGUGAACAACCGGCAGUCGCUGGCCGUGUGCGAGAGCCUCUCGGCCACCGCCUUCUGCCGCCGGCGCCUGCCCUGCCUGCUGGUGAAGCUGCGCAUGGCGCAGAACCUGCGCCACGCCGUCACCUUCGUGGAGCAGGGGCACGUCCGCGUGGGGCCCGAGGUGGUGACGGACCCUGCGCUCCUCGUGCCCCGCAACGUCGAGGACUUCAUCACCUGGGUGGACGCCUCGAGGCUGCGGCAGAAGGUGCUCGACUACAACCAGGAGCGCGACGACUUCGACCUGGCCGCGUAGGGCUGCCCUGCCGCCCUGCCUCACACCGAUAAAACCACGGCCGUGCCACCAGGGGAUAUUCACACAUCUGCAAAGGGAGCCAGAAGGAAACCGUGCGCUUCUAGUAUCGUAUUGACCUGCUCCUGGCUCCCUUUCCCAGCUAAUGGUUCCAUUCAUCCAUGGAAAGAAACAUCCUUUACACAACCACUGCUUCAAGAAUACAUCCACUGGCGCAGCUCCAUCAUCAUCAUCAUCAUCCCGGGCAUUCCCAGCUUAACUGUCAGCCCAGCAGCUCAGCUCCAUCACCAUCCCAGAUGUGCCCAACUUCAUCAUCAUCCUGGCAUGCUGUCCUGGUUUAGGGAAAAUUUUCCUUCUCCCCCUCUUCGGUCUCGGAUCUAGUAUUAAAGUGCAGAACUUAUUUCUGGGCUAAACAGAUGAAUGGGGAUACCAGCAUCAUAAAGUCACCCCAGGACAUACACCCAGCUCCGUCAUCCUUAAAUCCCACAAAGCAAAGGUGCUUGGAAAAGUCUCUGCCCAAUCACAGAGGAUUUCAGUCAGGCUUAAGUGCUUGGCAGUUUAAUAACAGCUGCUGGAAGGGGUUUUAAGCCAAGCCAAGUUGCUGUUUUAAGACUCAGUUUAGCAGCUUCACUGCUCUUUUUCCAAGAGGUUUUCCUGGUUCACCUCCUUCACCUGUUGAAUGCACAGGUAUCGGAGUUAAUUCUGGAAGGAUUUUCCCUUGAUAUCAAGGAACAAGGAGGAAAUGCUUUUGGGGGAUCAGCAGUAAACAAGAAGGCCAAAUACUGUGUUUCUGGAACUGUUAAAAGUUUUAGCCAAAAAUGGAAUUAAAAAAAAAAAAACAAAACAAGAACUUUGUUGUCAUGUGAAGUUGUAAAGGGAAGUUUGAUGCUUUGAGUUCAGUGUCUUUGCUGUGUGGGGUUCCAGAUGACCAUUAGGCAUCAUUUACAGAACAGGAUCUAACUGGGGACGUGUUGGAGCAAAAAGCUGAUCUAACUAUAACUGCAGGUUUGGGGGAACUUUUGCAUUUAGCACAUUAGCCAGGGGCUGUUGGGAACUUUGUUCCCUUUUGAUAAAAAAACCAAAAAAA